GAAGGACCGCUCUGGGUCAGGGGCUGUGAGGAGCCAUCGGUGAAAUUGUGGCUGUAAAUCCCUCGUACUAUUAGUUAGGCAGAGUGUUAAUCAGUCAGCUGUCCAGAGAUGGUGAAUAUGGCGGGUUGGGUGUUUCUGCCUGUGGUCCUGCUGCUGAAUGCUGUUGCAGGAUCCAGGAUGGAAGAGUUGAAGAGUUCAGUCAUCGGAGGUCAUGAUGCUAAGGAGGGGGCCUGGCCCUGGAUGGCCUACCUACAUGUUAAAAUCCCUAACACAGUCUCAUCUUGUGGUGGAUCUGUCAUCAAUAACAGAUGGAUCCUGACUGCUGCCCACUGCGUUGCAAAAUCAGAUUUGAUCCUUGCAAAGUCCUAUGUGAGGCUGGGAGCAUACAAGCUGGAGCAACCGUCUCCAAAUGAAGCCAAGUAUACCUUUAGCAGAGUGAUCAUUCAUCCUCAGUACAUGUUUCCAGACAAUGAUGUUGCCCUGGUGAAUGUGGACAGAAAUAUCAUCUAUUCCCGCUACAUAAAACCUGUCAUUUUGCCACAAUCCUCUGAUUCCUUUGGUCCUCAGUCAAACUGCGUUGCGAUUGGCUGGGGAAUGACAGGAUGUGACACCAAUUUACAGCCUCCAAGGACACUGCAGGAACUCAAUAUUCCGCUUGCUUCUGCAAGCAAGUGUAACGAGAAGAGAUUUAUUUGUGCCGGUGCAUUUGGAAAACUCGUGUAUAAGGGAGACUCAGGCGGGCCUCUGAUGUGUUUCGUUAAAAACAAAUGGGUUCAGGCUGGAAUUGCGAACUUUGUAAGAGGUUGCAAUGGGAAAGAAUUCCCGGCAUACUUUGCCAAUGUCCCCGACUACCUAACUUUUAUCAAGCAACAUACCCAUCCCUCCACACAAGAAUACUGAAAUCUACAACCACGCCUGCCUAGUGCUAAUGAUUUUGAAUCCUUGCCCAUACCAGUCUUUUUCCUCAGCCCCAUUCCUCGAAUUCAUCAUUUAUUUUUACUGUCCAGUUCUAAUCUGUAACCUUUCCUACUUUCACUGUCAAUUGCAACUGAUAUAAAACACUUUGCUAUCAUCAGAAAAAAAACAAAUCAAUAAAAAAAUAAGCAUUUUA